AUGUCCGGCAAGAGGCCGAAUAUAGUGUCGAUCCUCAACAAUGACGAUAAUCCAUCAUUUGCUGUUCGAUCCAACCCCAGACUCAGCGGGUCUUCAUUACAUCCCUCGCACUCUGAGCAACAGCGUCUACCGCCCGUCAGUGACCUGGGCUUUUCGCGCCCGGCUACUUUAUCCAAGUCUCCCUCAGCAUCUCCCCGAGGACUACGGAAUCUUUUCGAACCCGUCAGUGAGAGUGUGCAGCCAACAUCACCGAAUACUUCAGAAGACUCAACCUAUGACUACCUAUUAAGCCAACCUUCAUCUAUCGGCUACCACCCGUACGCUCGGCAGGACCUGCGACGGGAUCCGUACCGGUAUCCUUCACGAGGACCCGCUGCGCCGCGGACUCCUCCUCAGAUUCACUCUUCUACACCAUCCGAGAAUAAACCUCAGUCUGGCGGUACCAGGGGCACAGGUAGAAAAAACAAGUAUCCGUGUCCAUACGCCGCUAGUCAUGGUUGCACGGCUACAUUCACCACCUCGGGCCAUGCGGCUCGUCAUGGAAAGAAGCAUACGGGCGAGAAGAGUGUGCACUGUCCCAUUUGCAAUAAAGCAUUCACUCGCAAGGACAAUAUGAAGCAACAUAUCCGCACUCACCGCACACAUUCCGAUGACAUGCGCUCGACGACAUCUGAACCGGAUUCCGAGACUAGAUGGGCUUUGUCUAGACCUGAUUCUGGCUAUGCCACUUCGACUACUCACCAUCGAACAAUCAGUCAGGCUACAGAUGCUCCUAUGCCUCCUCCUACCAGUGGAUCGCGACUUCCUUCAUGA